CACCCUUCCCAUCUCCCACGGCCGCCCAUCAAAUCCCGUCAUUCUCGAACGUUGGCACCUUGUUGAGCACGUCGAACGGCUGCUCGACCUUCGCCCUCCAUGGCCAUCGACUCGACAACAACCCAGAGCUAUAAGCAGCUCAAAGAGGACUUUGUCUCAAACCUGUCAGGAGGAUCCGUCUCGGAAAUCGCACAAGUCUGCGCCGUAGCACCUGUCGUUUCGCUCGUUUGGUCCGUCCUCCAAGCUCGACAAUCCUUUUUCAGGCCCUACACACCACUAGGCUAUGCUAUCGACUUUCUCCUCAACGUUGGCGCUCUCCUGCUCUCAGUGACGCUAUACUCCUCCGCGCCCCUGCUCCUUAACCUGCUUCUCCUCACAGUCGCCGCCUUUGUCUAUCUCGUUCCCGCUCAUACCCGAAAGAAGAAGCCCCAGCUUCCUCCCAAUGCCCAGUCCAAGAAGAGCUCCUCGGAGCAACCGCUUGGGGUCCUCUCCACCAAGCCCUUCUUGACCAACUACCGCGGCAACAUGCUUAUCGUCACCUGUAUCUGCAUCCUUGCCGUUGAUUUUCGUCUGUUCCCCCGCCGCUUCGCCAAGGUCGAGACAUGGGGCACUUCGCUGAUGGACAUGGGCGUGGGCUCCUUCGUAUUUUCGGCCGGCGUUGUCGCUUCACGGCCGGUCCUCAAGGAGCGCGCCGAGGGCAAGGCCGCACCCCUGCGCACCCGCCUCAAGAAAUCGCUGCGCCACUCUCUGCCGCUCCUCGUGCUGGGCUUCAUCCGCCUGCUGAGCGUCAAGGGGCUGGACUACGCUGAGCAUGUGACAGAGUACGGCGUGCACUGGAACUUCUUCUUCACCCUGGGCUUCCUACCACCUUUCGUCGCCUUGUUCCAGUCCGCGCUCAAGGUUCUUCCCUCGUACGCUGGCCUGGCCCUCCUGUUGGGCGUGGUGUAUCAGGUGCUUUUGGAGACCACUUCGCUAAAGGCCUACAUCCUGACCGGACCGCGAAAUGAUCUCUUGUCUAUGAACAGGGAAGGCAUCUUCAGCUUCUUUGGUUAUCUAGCCAUCUUUCUUGCCGGCCAAGACACUGGCAUGCUCGUUCUUCCGCGGAGCUUGAGCCGCAGCAUCAGCGGCAGCAACAACAAGACUAGCGGCACCGUUCAACGUAGGUCUCUCCUGCUCAACAUGACCGGUUGGUCCCUCGUCUGGAUAGCUCUCUACUUCUUCGCGACCGACUACAAGUACGGCUUUGGCCUGUCCGUGUCCCGCCGCAUGGCCAACCUGCCGUAUAUGCUCUGGGUGGCCGCCUCCAACGCCGUCCUGCUUCUCGCCUUUUACCUUGUGGAUGCGCUGCUUUUCCCUUCCUUCUACAGCGCUCAAGAUGUCAAGACCGAAAAGGAGCUAUAUGACAUGGCAACGAGCAAGGUGCUGAGGGCGUAUAACCGGAAUGGGUUAGCCAUCUUCUUGCUGGCAAACCUGUUCACGGGACUGGUCAAUAUGACGGUGCCAACGCUUGAUGUCGGCCGGGUGGCGACGGUAGGGAUAUUGGUUGCAUACAUGGGUGCUUUGACGGCGGUGGCGGUUGGGUUGGAUGAGUACAAUGUUACUAUCAAGCUGUGAGAAUAGUGUGAGGUGAUUGUCCGUGAGGUUGGUCACAUUUUGCGAUGCCCUCAAAAAUGAGGAAUCAUACUCAAUUGGACAACCCAUUCGACGAAAAUAAAACUAUCACUGUGGCCUCUC